GAGGACCCGCUGGUUGCUACCAAUGGAGAUUCCCAAGGCCCGAUCACUCUUCAAAGACGUCAGAUCCAGAGAGCUCAAUGGCUUUCCAGGUUUUUCAGCUAGAAAAAGACCGUAUUCUCCCGACCUAGUGGAAGGUUGCUAUGAAAUCGGGGCGGUGGCCGUUGAACACGAGGGAUAUGAUACGCCACCGUUGGCCGUUUCGUUUUGCAAUACGAGUAAGAAUUCCCAUAUUUUUGCCGUAUCUGACGAGGAUGGGUUCAUGAGCCUGUUCGAUUCUCGUAAGAAGUUUCAUUGUCGUGCAACUUACGAGGAAAAUACAGAAAGGGCCAGAAUAAGUGAAUGGCUUGCCCAUUCCAAUGCCAUAUUUGAUGUUUGCUGGAUCAAGGAGGAUAACAGCGUUUUAACAGCUUCAGGGGAUCAAACAAUAAAAGUGUGGGAUGUAGAGAAAAAGAAAUGUACCAGCUUGCUGACGGGGCACAGCGGAAGUGUGAAGUCUCUCUAUUCUCAUCCGACAAAUUCUGAUAUUUUUGUCUCUGGUUCUAGAGAUGGAUCAUUUGCUGUGUGGGACUUGAGACACAAGCAAAGUUCGGGCAACAGAAGGGGGUCCUGCACUCCCUUAACUGCCAUGGUCAAAGGAGCUCAUCUUUCACCUCAAGCAAAGCGGGUUAGGGGGCUCAAGGCUGCUUCCAUGAGCAUUACCUCAGUGCUUUAUCUGAAAGAUGAAGUUUCCCUUGCCACAGCUGGAGCAGUGGACAGCAUUAUAAAGUUUUGGGAUGUCAGAAAUCUAAAAGCUCCAGUAACUCAGGCAUCGCCUCAUCCACAGGCAUCAUCUGACAAGGGAAGAUUACAUGGUAUAUCUUGUCUGUCCCAAGAUUCAACUGGAGUAUUUCUCACAGCAUCGUGCAUGGACAAUACAAUAUAUUUGUACAAUGUCCUUCAGCUUGAUAAAGGACCUACACAAUCCUUCUUUGGUUGCCGCAUAGCGUCAUUUUAUGUAAAGUCCGUGAUUAGUCCUGAUGCAGCUCAUAUACUUAGUGGUUCCAGUGAUGGAUAUGGUUGCAUAUGGCAGCUGAACCGGCCUAAAGCACAUCCCAUCAUCUUAAAAAGUCAUGAUGGAGAAGUUACAGCAGUUGCAUGGUGCCCCACAGAUUCUGACAAGCUAGCAACUGCUUCAGAUGACUACACGGUUCGGGCAUGGAACCUUCGGAGCUCUUAUUGCCCAAGAAGCAGGUCCCCGCCGUCCUUUAGACGGAGAAUAGCAAUUCCAAGUACAGAAUGUAAACGAGUGUUGGUGAAUGAAGAGCCAGUGGAUGCAACAAAGGAUCCUGGAAGUUCACAUUCUUCAGAUAAUAUUUUUACCCAAAAUAGCUUGUCAAGUCCUACGGCAAUGCCGGUGAUUGGCACCCCUGAAGCCCAAAGGAAAAAGCUUGCUGUUCCUUCUGAUUCAACAGAAAUCUGUGAGAAAACACCUGAAGCCCCACUCAAGAGUCCAUCUUCUGUGCUGAAUCCUCCUUCCUCCUUAAAAAGGAGAACAAUCCGAGAUUAUUUUACAGUUGCUUCAUGACUGGAUUACUCUUGUGGUGACUGCAGGAAGAUUAUUGUAGACUACAUAUUUCUCUCUUCCAAGCAUACCGUGGAUAUAUCCUUACAGAUGAGUUGUUUUUGUAUUCAGCCUGAAAGAUGGAAAAGGACCAUAGUAGCUCAUGGAAAAUUUCGUCAUACAAUUUUUUUUGCCUACUACUUGAGAAAGAUUUUUCAAGUAGUUGAGAGAUUUUUAGUCAUACAAACGAAAACUUUCAAGUAGUUUAGGUGCAAGUUCCUGUAUUCUCUAAAGUAACUAUUUUGAUUGUAAAGAAUGGGUUACAUAU